GAGGAGGGAGCGACAGCUACAAAAGGCUGCGCAGCCUCAACCCCCGGCAUAACUCGCUCAGGAUCAGAGAAAGUCGCAGCUUGGAGAGAUUUACCUGGAACAGCGAGGAAGAUGCCUCCCAAACGGCCUAGCUUAGUAUCAGAAGGAGAAAUUAUUAAACAAGGAACCCUCAUGAAAUCUCCUCCCCCCUCCUAUAUUGGCAAACGGUGGAGGAGACGGGUGUUCGUUCUGCGGAAAUGCCUGGGAGACGCUCACACACUCAGUUAUUAUUCCCAGGACAGAAUGAAUGAGGAGCAGAAAGGCAACAUCAAUAUCAGCGAGAUCUGUGAGGUAGAAAAGGGCUCCGAUUGCCCCAGAGAGGAACUUGCCUCCACCCUGAGGUCCUGCCGGUGCCGCCCGGGGCAGGUUCUGGUCAUCCGGACCACAAAGCGCACCUACUUCCUGGUCACCGAGGAGACUGAGGAUGAGAUUGACAGUUGGUAUAAGUCCCUGAGCUGCAUAUUGAAAAGGAGUGAGAAUACAUGCAAUGCUGGUUACGUCAGGCCCGAUUCCUAUCCCUGCAACCACCCCAACUCUGGGACAGUGAUGGAAAAGGAGACUCUAAGGCAAAGAUCCAAAACCGACCCAUCAGAACGGAGCCCCCCACCAAGCCCCCCACCUCAGCGCAGCACUUUCUACACUCCCCCCCUGUUCCCGCAGCAGGCAGAGUUAUCAGUGGGGACCCCCUGCCCGACAGAGACCCCCAAACAUUCUCCAGCGGACGUGACUGGAGACCACAUGUGCUUCUGUUCCCGUGCCCAGCGCUUGUCCAGUGGAAAAGAGUCCAUUCCCCCUCCGGACUAUGACAGUGACGUGGGGAGCGACGAAGGGUCCAUAUAUGAUGUACCCCGGAAGGUCCUGCAGAGACUCAGUGGCCAUUCAGAUUCUUCAGACCCUCAGGAAAUUAGUGAUAUAGAUCCAGAUUCAGAUGAUGUCUAUGAGCCAAUGUUUUCUAUUGUCACACGAACUACAAUGACUGAAGAAAACCCCCAAGAGGAGACCCCCCCGCCUGCUCAGAAGGUUGUGCAACCAAUGAAAAAUGAAGUCCGAGAACUAAGGCAGAUGGACCUGUUAAAAAUAAUAUACGAACGGGUCGGAACCAAUGAGCUUCAGAACAAGGAAGUGACCGUCCCCACGGAACAUCUGCGGAAAUAUCUGGACGUAGAAGAACUUGGAGAAUGUCUCUACAUUCGCAAAUGGAACGGCCCAACAGAAAUAGGGUGUCUCUUUCAGCACGGGGAUUACAUCGAUAUUGUGAAUGAAUUCAGGGUGAAAAACCGGGAUGUGUUUCUGCAGAUGUUAAACAACUCUGUACAAAGCUCGGUGAAACUCAUUAUCGUUGGCGACUCCCACUCGCCUGUGUUUCACGCAGAUAACUGUAACUGUGGGGCUGUAUGAGAAGUCCUGAGUGGGUUAAGAUGGAGGAAAUAAAUCCCGUCGUCCUCAGAUAUUUCACGCCCAUGAAGACGCAAGCAGGCGGGGCCUAUUUCAGUCAACCAAUCAACAUUUGGAUUCUUGGAAGGUCCCUGAGGAUUCCAAUUCAGCACCUUGAACAUUCCCUGUAUACAAUUUGCAAUGUAAUGUGCCAGGUCAUGUGACUAACUUUCCUGCAAUCUUACUGGCUGAAAGAUUCAUGAUGGCUCCUCUCCGUUUGGGAACCAUCAGUCCAAGUCUCUGUGUAACUGACGGCCAAUCGCGGGCCCGGUCAGAGCCCUAUUGCCUGGAUUGGAUGGGACGGGGCGCCCGGCGGCUGCCGCAGUCAGUUUGGAGGGGAGACUGUGGGCCCUGGAAUAGGGCCACUUAUAGUAUAUAUAAUAUAUAUAUUAAUUAGAAACCACUGAUUGGGUACAGAGAUGCUCAGUCGGGUAUCAGUACAUACACAUGUAUGUUCCUCGUUAAUGUUUAUACAUGUUACGUGUUUAUUGUUGUAUUUUUAAAUCUGCUAAAGGGGAAGUUAUCCCUAAGCUUGUCUGCCUCAUGUACAUUCACAUUAUACCCAAUAAUUGUUAUAUUGUGUCUAUUUGCCUUAGACAGGAGUUAUAGUACUUCCCUAGCCCUGGUGGCCAAUAGAACAGCGCCACUAGUGGCCACGUUAUUAAACUGCAGUAACAAUGUCUUUGCAGAAAUCAUGUAUCAGCUUAAUAAAAAGGGACAUUUACCCUUUAAUGAUUUAUCCUAAACUGCUUCUGGGGAGAUUGUCAAGGCAUGAUGGGAGUUACUCGCACCCCCCCCUCCCCUCCCCUUCCAUAGUGACACCCCCAGGGUGACCUGAUUGGUUGCCCCAAAGUAACUGCACUUUAUCCCUGUAGCCUGAUUGCUCCGCACAAUGAUGUGUAAUAAUGUAUUUAACAUUGUUAUGUAGAUAUUCCCUUGUAUGUUAUGUACAUACCCCUUUGUAUGGAGAUAUUCUUCCAGCACUUAAAUAAAUUACUUUCGUACCUUCAGAA